GCGGUCUCGGUUCCCAUGGCGACACUUCCUGUGGCAGCCGAAAGCGGUAGUGCUGGGGAGCGCCGGGCCGGGCCGGGAGAGCCGCGCCGCGCCGCCGGCCGGGGAUGCUGCGGGGCCGCGGGCCGCGCCGGUAGCGCGCUGGGCCGGGCGGUGCCAGGCAUGCAGGGCAAGGCCAAGCUGCUGCUGGUCCACAACGGCCGCAUGGGCCCAGCUGUGUCAGAUGGAGAGUUAAAUGCCUCCAGGGCCCGUGGCAGCAAUCACAGCGUGAACAGCCUGCCAGGACCACCGGCCACCUGCGGCUCCGCACAGGGUUCCGUGGUCAGCUGGGCCGAAUCCUUCGAGACGCUGCUGCAGGACCGCGUGGCUGUCACCUACUUCACUGAGUUCCUCAAGAAAGAGUUCAGCGCUGAAAACGUCUACUUCUGGCAGGCAUGUGAGCGCUUCCAGCAGAUCCCAGCCAGCGACACGCAACAGCUGGCUCAGGAGGCACGGCGAAUCUAUGACGAAUUCCUCUCCAGCCACUCAGUCAGUCCCGUGAACAUUGACAAGCAGGCCUGGAUUGGGGAGGACAUGCUGGCCACCCCCUCCCCAGACAUGUUUCGCGUCCAGCAGCUCCAGAUCUUUAACCUGAUGAAGUUUGACAGCUACACGCGCUUUGUGAAAUCCCCGCUCUACCAGGCCUGCCUGCGGGCAGAGAGCCAGGGGCAGCCCCUGCCCGACCUGCGGCCCCACUCCCGCAGCAGCAGCCCCCCACCUGACCUCAGCAAGAAGUCGAAGCUGAAGCUGGGCAAGUCCCUGCCGCUGGGUGUGGAGACCGCGGGCAGCAGUGCCAACCGCAGCCCCCGACGGUCCUUCAGGAAGGGCGAGCGGCGGGAGCCCUCCUGGGCAGAGGGGGGAGAAGGCGGUGGGAGUGCCAUGCUGUGGCGGGAGUCCCAGGGCUCACUCAACUCCUCCGCCAGCCUGGACCUGGGCUUCCUGUCCUCGGCCAGCACGACUGCCAGCCCCUGGACGGAGAGCCAUCGGAAAAGCCUGGGGGGCAGCGAGGCAGAGCUGCCGGCCAAGCCCAUGAAGUACUGCUGCGUGUACCUGCCUGACGGCACGGCUUCGCUGGCCUCCGUCCGGCCCGGCCACUCCAUCCGCGACAUGCUGGCAGGGAUAUGUGAGAAACGUGGCUUCAGCCUCCCCGACAUCAAGGUUUACCUGGUGGGGAACGAGCAGAAAGCGCUGGUGCUGGACCAGGAGUGCUCCGUGUUGGCAGACCAGGAGGUGAAACUGGAGAACAGGAUAAGCUUUGAGCUGGAAAUCUCCUCCCUCAAUAAGACUAUCCGCAUCACGGCGAAGUCAACCAAGCGCAUCCGGGAAGCGCUGCAGCCCGUGCUGGGGAAGUACGGUGUGCGCAUGGAGCUGGCGCUGCUGCGGCGGCAAGGUGAGGCGGCCACCCUGGACCUGGAGAAGCUGGUCAGCACGGUAGCUGCUCAGAAACUCAUCCUGGAAACGCCAGCAGACAUGCGAGUGACAGAGAGUGCUGAGGCUGCAGCCGCCCCCUCCCUGCUCCAGAACGAGGAGGGCAGCCCAACAGGAGCAGAGUCGGACACACUGUGGGAGAUGCCCUCCUCCUUCUCCCGGCCCCGGUCUUCAGCUGCCAUGAACCUGAACCGCCGCACAUAUGACCUGGAAGGCCUGGUGGAGCUGCUGAACCGUGCCCAGAGCUGCCGGGCCAAUGACCAGCGUGGGCUGCUCUCCAAGGAGGACCUGGUCCUGCCUGACUUCCUCCAGCUCCCCGGGCAGGACGACAGUGCCUGUGACGGGUCGGACCAGCCCCGUGACCCUCACCCAGGCCCCGAGGGAAGUGGCCGUCCUCAGCCCUCAGACCCUGUGCCAGCCCAGCCUCCGGUUGACCAUGAGCUCCGAUGAGUCCUGCUGCACAUCCGCACCCGGCAUGUGGUACCCCCGGGCCAUAUCGGGGCUCAACGUGGGGUCCGACUGGCCCUUGCCCUGCACUGCCGACACUGCCUGGACCGCAGAUUCGUCCACGUCCUGUCCCAAACUGUUGUGUCGUGUCGCUGUGAGUGGUUGAGCAGCUGCCAUGCCCCUCGAUGGGGUCGCAUCCUGGUGCACAUCAAGGGAGUUCUGUAGAUAGUUUGAACCCCCGUUGCAAAGCACUUUGCAACGUCCCAUGCAUGCCUGGCACUGUCCUGCCCAGUGCACCUGCCUGCUGGCAUGGCCCUGCAGACUGUUCAGGUGGGGAAAGCACCCUUCCAACCAAAGGGUGUGCAAGAGAGAGAGGACAUGGGCGGGUGUGGUGGCAAGGCAGGCCCGAGCCCUGAACCCUGGUGCUGUGGGCAGGCAGGGUCAGGAGAACACAUGUCCGGAGCGGAAGGACAGAUCCAGUCCCUGACCCCACAGGAACAGGGGUUCCCCCGUUGUUGAUGAGCGGGUCUACCCAUCCCAGGAAGGGUAAGCAUGGCCCUGCCAGCAUACAUCCUGGGCAAGUUGUUACCAUCUGCAUUGCAUGAGUGUGGCUGCGCCUGAUCCUGCCAGGCUCAGCGCAAUUGUGGAGCAGGGCAUGGAGCUGUAUGUGGCUCCUGCCCCGAGCAGACAGAGGCAGAGCCAGCAGGCCGUGCCAAAGAAGCCUUCCCCCUCCCCGCAGGGAGGUCCUGUGUGGGCGACUGCUGAAGUGACCCACAGGAGUGGAUCCUCGUAGGUCUCUGCUGCAGCCUGUCUGGGGCCGUGGGUGCUCAGCCCCUGGGGACAGCCCUCCCUGGUGCCAAGGGAAUGCAGCACCGCUGGGUGCUGAGCAUUUCAGCCUGGUGUGUGGGCACCCAGCAUGUGCCCAGCCUGGCAUCCCUGCUGGCAGCUGUGCUGAGCAGUAACCUUGUGCCUGGCAGGUCCCCAUUCCUGGGCAGCCCCAUGUCCCCAGAGGUCUCAGACUCCGUCCAUGAUGGAGACAGCUCCCCAAUAGCAGCCAGGAGAUCCCUCCAACAUCCGUGUGUGCUGGGGCCCUUCCCUGGGUCACUGCUCUGUCACCACUGCCCAGCCAGAGGCAGAGGGGUGGCCCAGGACAGCUGACUGCAGCCCCAUGGCCCAGGUCAGAGCCCCUCUGUGUCUCCAUGGUGUUGCUCAGUCCCGUCUGUGGUGUGAAAUCAGGGGAAAUAAAGAGCAUUGCCUGGA